GGGCAGGCGCCAUUUUGGCCCCAGAGGUGCUUCUGGGAAGUUGAGCGCGGACCUUCACUUUGCCGGCUUCUGAGGUACGGCCCUUGUUUAUAGCCGGCGCUUCCUCGCCGAAGCGCCCGCGCCCGCCGCUGCCGACUCCUCCGGACUCUCCGACGCAGGGGCGCCACGCCGCCCGGGGAGGUCACUCCGUCAGGGAGGGCGUGACACUCCGCCAGGGAGGACGUGACGGGGGCGGCGCGUGGCGUGGACCCUCCCCGCCGAGAGCCCGCCCGCCAUGGACUCGGAGUACUACGGCGGUGACCAGUCAGCAGAUGAUGGUGGUGCCACCCCAGUGCAGGACGAGCGGGACUCAGGGUCAGGUGAGGACGAUGCAAACGAGCAGCACUCCGGAUCCGACACUGGAAGUGUACAGCGGCCUUCAGAGAAUGAAACUAGUGAUCGAGAAGAUGGCUUGACCAAGAGACAUAAUGGAACAGACUCUGAGAAUGAUGAGCCCUCUAAUCUUAAUGCCAGUGACUCUGAAAGUGAGGAGCUUCACAGGCCAAAGGACAGUGACUCUGAAUCUGAGGAACAUGCAGAGUCUCCUGCCAGUGACUCUGAAAAUGACGAUGUCAACCAGCAUGGGAGCGACUCUGACAAUGAAGAGCUUCUUAAUGGCCACGCAAGUGACUCUGAAAAGGAAGAGGUUAGAAAACACGUGGCCAGUGACUCUGAGGCUGAGGAUGCUCUGCAGCCUCAGGUCAGCGAGUCUGACAGUGAAGAUCCCCCAAGACCCGAAGCCAGUGACUCAGAAAACGAGGAGCCUCCUAAACCUCGGAUCAGUGACUCGGAAAGUGAGGAGCUCCCCAAACCUCGGAUCAGUGACUCAGAAAGUGAGGAUCCUCCAAGACCCCAGGCUAGUGAUUCGGAAAGUGAGGAACUCCCCAAACCCCGAGUCAGCGACUCGGAAAGUGAGGAUCCCCCAAGGCCCCAGGCCAGUGACUCAGAAAGUGAGGAGCUCCCCAAACCCCGAGUCAGCGACUCAGAAAGUGAGGAUCCCCCAAGGCCCCAGGCCAGUGACUCUGAAAGUGAGGAGCUCCCCAAACCCCGAGUCAGCGAUUCGGAAAGCGAGGGGCCUCAGAAAGGACCCGCUAGUGAUUCUGAAACUGAGGGUGCUUCCAGACACAAAGAAAAGCCAGAGUCAGAUGACAGUGACAUGGAGAAUAAGAGGGAAGAUUCUGAAGUACAGAAAGAGUCAGAUGGUCAUUCAGACAGAAAAAGACUCCACAGCUCUGACAGUGAAGAGGAAGAACCCAAAAGACAAAAAAUGGACAGUGAUGAAGAUGAAGAAAAGGAGGGGGAUGAGGAGAAAGUAACAAAGCGGAAGGCUGCUGUGCUGUCUGAUAGUGAAGAUGAAGAAAAAGCAUCAACAAAGAAGAGUCGAGUUGUUUCUGAUGCUGAUGACUCUGAUAGUGAUGUUGUAUCAGACAAAUCAAGCAAAAGAGAGAAGACAGUACCAUCUGACAGUGAAGAAGAAGUGGGGAAAGAAGAGUCAUCUGUAAAGAAAAAUGAAGAGAAGGAUCUAUUUGGGAGUGAUAGUGAGUCAGGCAAUGAAGAAGAAAACCUUAUUGCAGAUAUAUUUGGAGAAUCCGGUGAUGAAGAGGAAGAGGAAUUUACAGGUUUUAACCAAGAAGAUUUGGAGGAAGAGAAAAGUGAAACACAGCUAAAAGAAGCAGAAGAUUCUGAUUCUGAUGAUAACAUAAAAAGAGGAAAGCACAUGGACUUUCUGUCGGAUUUUGAAAUGAUGUUACAACGCAAAAAGAGUAUGUCUGGCAAACGCAGAAGAAAUCGAGAUGGGGGCACUUUUAUUAGUGAUGCAGAUGAUGUCGUGAGUGCAAUGAUUGUCAAGAUGAAUGAAGCUGCUGAGGAAGACAGGCAAUUGAAUAAUCAAAAAAAGCCAGCACUGAAAAAAUUAACCUUAUUGCCUACUGUGGUUAUGCACCUUAAAAAGCAGGACCUUAAAGAAACUUUUAUUGACAGUGGUGUGAUGUCUGCCAUCAAAGAAUGGCUCUCACCUCUACCAGAUAGGAGUUUGCCUGCACUGAAGAUUCGGGAGGAGUUGUUGAAGAUUCUACAAGAGCUACCUAGUGUGAGCCAGGAGACCCUGAAGCAUAGUGGGAUUGGCCGAGCAGUGAUGUACCUGUAUAAACACCCCAAGGAAUCAAGGUCCAACAAGGACAUGGCAGGGAAAUUAAUCAAUGAGUGGUCUCGGCCUAUAUUUGGUCUUACCUCAAACUAUAAAGGAAUGACAAGAGAAGAAAGGGAACAGAGAGAUCUAGAACAAAUGCCUCAACGACGAAGAAUGAGCAGCACUGGUGGUCAGACACCACGAAGAGACCUGGAGAAGGUGCUGACAGGAGAGGAAAAAGCUCUUAGACCUGGAGAUCCUGGCUUCUGUGCCCGUGCUAGAGUUCCAAUGCCAUCAAACAAGGACUAUGUUGUCAGGCCCAAGUGGAAUGUAGAAAUGGAGUCAUCCAGGUUUCAGGCAUCCUCCAAGAAAGGUAUCAGUCGACUGGAUAAACAGAUGAGAAAGUUCACAGAUAUCAGGAAAAAAAGCAGAUCUGCUCAUGCAGUGAAAAUCAGCAUCGAGGGCAAUAAAAUGCCAUUGUGACCUUGCCUGGGACAUAUCCCCAUCUCUAAAAAUGCACAGUGGACUAUCAAGAAAGAAGAUACUUUUAAAUGUUUUAGUGUGUCUCUAAAUGGUUCCACUUGUAUCACGUGUUGUCGUAGGACUAACAUUUCUCUUCGUUCUAUUUAAGACCAGUUGUUAUCUGAUUUGUACAGAAGAGUACUACUACUGCUUCUAUAAACUACGUAAUAAAAUUUCAUUCUGGUUUUGGGGGGUUGUCUCAAUCAUUGUCUUAGAGAUUGGUCUCUGUAAGGACAAAAUCGAGUCCUUUUUGCAGCUUGAGUGUGAUAUUAUAAGGAAUUUGUCUGGCUCCUGACAAAGAAUGUCUGAAACCCUUAGGAUUCUUAAAGUAUCUUCGUUAUACUCUUGAUUUGGCUCAUCAUAGGCCCCUGAGAUUACUAUAAAGUGGAGACUGGUCACCAGAAAUAUGCUUUAUCUAGUCACGUUGCCUGUUUGACUAAUCAGUCAUGCCUUUGUAUUGAAGCCCUAAUAAAGAAAAGAACUCUGGACAAGCCAGGUGCCUUGCACACCUGUAAUCCCAACAUGACUGACAUCGACAUAAGAGGAUCAUGAGUUUGAGGCUAGCCUGGAUUACAUGGCAAGACUCUUAAAUGCUCGAGACACUGCAACCAUGUUGAUGUGCCAGGAGAACAAGGACACAGAAGCUCUGCAUCAUCCUCCAAACCAUUCCUGAGCCUUCAUUGACCUGGUUGACCUGAGUUGUAUCUUUUCUAAUAAGACUAGUCAUGACUAUAAUGUUUUAUUGAAAGACAUAGUGCUUUCCUGAGUUCCAUGAGUCAUUCAGCAAAUUUCUAAACCAAGAAGUUUUUGAUAACUUCCCACCUUAUAGCUACCCUGAAAUUUUGAUGGUCUGAAGAUAGCACUUACAGCCCAUGUGUGAAGUCAGGGCAGUCUUGUGGAGGAAGCCUGAUCCCUAGAACUGUCAGUUCCUAUACUAACCCUGAGCAUUUGGUAUCAGAACUGAAUUGUAUACCACUCUGUAUGCCUAUAAUCUCAGCUCUCUGGAAGUGGAGGCAGGAGUAUUGGGAGUUCCCCCAACAGCCUGAGUUACUUUUGCAAGACCCUAUUCAAAUAAAGAUUGUUAUCCCAGUAGGAGUUGAAAUCCAACAACAAACUUUUUAUUUCUCUUGGUUUUGUUAGUUUGUUUGUUUAUUUUUUUUUUUUGUUUUUAAGUCUGGGGAGUUAAGCUGUGGGGAGAAAAGUUUCUUAAGUUUCCUUAAGAAACUCUUAAGGAAAAACAGAUGUAAUUGAAAAUUACUCAGUUACAUAUAGCAAUUGGGCAAAUAAAAAGGAGAAACAGUUUAUAGUUUCUUGUUCAAUUUUGAGAAUUCUUAAAAAUCAUGAGAGAUUUCUGUAGAUAAGAAAGUUUUAUCAAUAACCCAUUAAUUACUAGAAUUCUUUUCUGGUACAACCUCAGGCCUUGAUUUUUAAAAUAACUAUUAUCAGCCACAGCAGCCUUUGGACUCUUGAAGGAACAUGGACUUCAAGGACUAAAAUAUUCUACAAGAACCUCUCAAGCCGGAUGUAAUGGCAUAUGCCUUUAGUCCCAGAACUCGGGAGGCAGAGGCAGGCAGAUCUGUGCGUUUGAGACUAGCUUGGCUUAUAUAGAGUUCCAGGACAGCCAGGACUACACAGAGAAGCCCUGUCUCAGGAAAAGGAAAUGGGGGAAAGCCUCUUAAAGCCAUCAGUACAUUCAGCACCCAAGAGCAGAUGGCGUUGAAAACAGAAGACCUUACAGAGCAACAGUUAAACACUAGAUGGAGGCAAACUACUUCCAGCAUUGUUUAGUCAUUAACUGAAAACAAUAAACACGAUCUAAUGAACUCUCAGAACAGUUCUGAACAUGAAAAGCAAGCUCGUCAGAGUUGUUUGUAUUCUGGUGUCUUGGGAUGAGCUCCAUUUACCACAGUGUUGUUUAUGUAAGUAAAUACAACUAGUAGGUAAUAAACCACACCCUAGACUUCAAGGGGAUGGGAGGUUCUACACUAUUUAAAGGAAAAAAAAUACUAAUUUGUAAGUUAUCUUUGCUGUAGAGCUUUUUUAGGGCCAUCCCAAGCCUGACCCAUUCAUUGCCUUUGUAAUUCCUAUUUACUGAAAAUUUCAAAAUACAAAAUUUGGCUCCCAUGCAUCCUUCAAUAUUUUUCAGUGUGCCACUUUUUAUUCGGUUUUGUAUAGAUUUCUUUUGCAGACCAUGUGAGUAUAGCUUAAAUCAAUAAGCCUUUCUCUCAAGCUCCAUAUCUAAGCAUAAUUCUCUUAAGAACAUGGCUUUUAUCUGGGCAGUAGUGGCACUUGGGAGGCAGAGGCAGGCAAAGCUCUGAGUUUAGGGCCAGCCUGGGUUACAGAGUUGAGUUUCAGGUCAGCCAGGGAAACAGAGAAACUCUGUCUCGGGGGAAAAGAAAUGAUUUUUAGGGGCUGGAUAAUGGACCUCUGUUGCUUGAGUGCUUGCCUAGCAUGCACUAAACUUGGGUUCUAUCCACAGUACCACGGACACCUGGCCUGUCUACAUGGCAGGUACAAAGCCAGCCUAGGCCACUUAGUUUGUCUCAGGAUUGGCCAUGUUGUCUGGAAGUCUGGAAUGCUGCAUAGUCACACAGGUCUUUUUUUUUUUUUUUUUUUUUUUUUUAUGUUUUUGUUAAGAAACGAAAAGAUUUGUUUCUUAACCACUUUUAACUGUAUAGUUGAGGUGCAUUGCUGGGUUCACGUUGUGUAUGCCAUCUCUAGAAAUCAUUGUCUUAAAGAAUUUAGCUGUGGGCUAGGCAUGGUAGUGUACACCUUUAAUCUUAGCGCUAAGGAGGCAGAGGUAGGAGGAUCUGUGAGUUAAAGUUAUCCUAGUCUAUAUAGUGAGCUCUGGGACAUCUAAGACUGCAUAGAUCAUGCCUCAAAGCAAACAACAAAUCCCUCUUGACAACAUUCUGCUUUCUGCCUCUGAUUUAGACUGUUCUAGGAACCCACCUUUUAAUUUAAUAUGGGUCGGGCACAUGUGUUAUGUAUGGUAAGCAUAUGGAAAAUCACAAUUAUGUGGAGUUCUUGCCUUCCACCUUUACGUGGAUUCUAAGAAUGAAACAGGUUGCAAGACUUCUGUGGCACACACUUUGACCACUGAGUUAUCUCACCAACCUGUUUAUAUGUGUGGGUGUUAAUGUUUGUCAGAUGCAUGAUUUACAAAUAGUUUCUCCCAUCCUUUUGACUCUGUUGGGUAUGCCCUUUGGUAUAAAAGUAAUUUUAAUUUUGAUGUAAUUUAUUUCCUGUGCUGCUGUUAUAACCAAAUCCAAUAUUAUAAAACUUGUCCUGUGAUUUUAAUGAAUUGUGUAGCUUUAGCUCUUAUGUGUAAGUCUGAUUUUGAGACAUUUGUGUGUUGUUAAAGGUCUGCUUUUAUUGUGAAGAUGGAUGGUCUGGUAUCAUUUGUUGAAAAGACUCCCUUUGUCAUUGGUCUUAGAUCGCUUAUCAAAACUUAUUUGACUGUGUGUAUGACGGUUUAUUUAUAUGUUUUGCUCCAUUCCUUUUGUUUUUUUCUAUCUCCAUGAUACUGUUUUGGCUACUGGAUCUGUAUAGUAAUUUCUGAAGUCAAGCAAUGAUCUAUUCACUGUUCAAUAUUGUUUGGUUAUUUGGGGUUCCUUGAAAUUAUGUGGGAAAUGUGUAUGAAUGUGUGACUGCAUGUUCCACAGCUGUAUGUGGAGGUCAGGACAAUAUUCAGAAAUAGGUUCUCCUUCCACCUGCAUUCUGUGGCUUGGACUCAGGUCAUCAGGCUUGCACUGCAAACACUUUUACCUGAAGAACCACCUUGCUAGGCCCCUCCACUUUUAUGUUUGAUAUUGUUUUGACUAUCUGGGGUUCCUUGAGAUUUUGUAUGAAUUCUAAGGUGACUUUUCUGUUGGUAGCCAUCAAUGUUUUUAACAGAAAUUGUGUUAAAUCUGCCAUUUGAAGUAGUACUGAGUUUAUGUUCCUUAAACAGAAAAUAUCUUUCCAUUUAGAGUCCUUGGUUAAAUUUAUUCCUAAGUGUUUUAAUUCUUUGUGAUGUUGUUGUAAAUUGUAUUGUUUUUUAAUUUCCAUUUAGGAUCAUCAUUCAUGAUCCUAUUUGUUCAUGAACAAAUGUGACUGGCAAUUUUACCUCUUUCUUUCCAUUUGUAUACCUCUCACUUCCUCUUCUUGCCUGAUUGUUAGAAUUUCUAGUGGUGUGUUCAAUACUAGUGAUGAAUUUUGUCAUUCACUGAAUAUAGUGUGGGAUUUUCAUAUAUGGCUUUUGUGUUGUUGACUUUCAUUCUACUUUUAAUUUAUUGAGUUUUUAAUCAUCAUAGAAUGUUAAAUCUUUGUGAAAUGAUUUUUCUAUAUCAUUUGAAAUUGUUUUUUUUUCAUCUUGAUAGUGUGUAUUUCACUGAUGUGUGGGUUUUGUUUUUGUUUGUUUGUUUGUUUGUUUUUAAUUGCACAUGCAUGGCUACCUGUGGAUACUCAUGUGCACAUAAGUGGAGCUCAAAGGACAACCCUGGGGAUCAUUCUUUGGGCAUCAUCCACCUUGUUUUUUGAGUCAGGAUUUCUCACUCCUGGAAUUCUCUAAAUAGGCUUUACUGGCUGGCCCAUAAGGCCCAGGUAUCCACCUAUCUCUGCCUCCCUAGUGUUGGGAUUAUAAAUGUACACCAUCACACAUGACUUUUCAUAGAUCCUGGAGCUGAAACAUGCAUCUAUCUGCUUGCAAGGCAUUCUGAUUUUACCAACUGAUAUGUCUCCACCCUAUUCUGGAUUUUUGUUACUGUUCUGUUGAAUCAUCCUAACAUCCUGUCAGUAAAUCUUCCUUGAUUAUGACAUAGUAUCUAAUACUUUAUAGAAAAGCUUUAUUUUUAUUUGUGUGUGUGAGAGAUAGUGCAAACAUGUGUGCACUACAUGGGUGCCUUGUGCCCAUAGAGACAAUAGAAGGGCAUUGGAUCCCCUGGAACUAGAGUUAACAAGACAGUUGUCAUUUGCUAUGCCGGUGCUGGGAACUGAACCUAGGGCCCUCUGAAAAAGCAACCAAUGCUUUUUAACCGCCGAGCCAUCUUGUCAACCCCACAUAAUCCUUUAAAUGUGUUCAUUUCUGUUUGCUAGUAAUUUUUUAAUUUUACAUUUAGUGUGUGUGUGUGUGUGUGUGUGUGUGUGUGUGUGUGUGUGUUAGAGGACAACUUGAGUCGAUUCUUGUUCUACAUAAUGCAUUUUGAAGGUCAAACUCUGGGUGUCUGGCUUGGCAUCUGAGCUAGGCCCAUGUUAGGCUUUUUUGUUGUCAUGGUAUUAUUUUUUAUAAGAGUUUUUUUAGCAAUGUGACCUGUAGUUUUACUGUAAUGCCUGCUUGGUUUUGGUAUCAGGGUAAUGCUGGCCUCUUUUGUUUUUUUUUUUUUUUUGGAAAUGCUUCCAAAAUAGUUUGUUAGAAUUAAUUUUAAUUUGGCCAUGCAUAGUAGUGCAUACCUUUAAUUCCCACACUUGGGAGGCAGAGACAGGGGGAUCUCUGACUUUGAAGCCAGCCUGUGUGUAACAGCUCCAGGUCACCCAAGGCUAUAUGGUGUCUCCAAACAACAACAACAAAAAACCCACAAAAACCUGUUAGUUCUUUAGAUGGUUGAUAGAAUUUUCUAUCAAAGCCAUCUGGACCUGGGCUUUCCUUUGCUGGGAAGGUUUUGAUAGUAGAUGUAAUCUUACUAGUUAUAGGUCUGCCUAUUUAGAUUUAUAUUUCCUCAUGAAUCAAGGUUGGUGGGUUUUCUGUUUAAUCUAUUAUCCAAUGGAUAUAUUGAUGAGAUACAGUUUAUAGUGCUUUGUACUUUUCAUUUUUGGAAAACUGGCUGUGCUGUCCCCAACCCUUUUUAAGGUACAUCACUGUGUGUAUGUAUAUUCAUGUAUGUGCAAGUAUGUAUACAUAUAUGUGGUUAACAUACAAUCUCAUUCUUUUUCUCUACUUUAUUUAUUGAAUCAAAAUCUCUCAGUUGAGUAUAGAGCUCCUGACUGGCUAGACCAGUAGUUAUUUGUGAUGCCGUAGGGAUCCCCCAUCCCUGCCUCUUAAAAGUUCUGGGAUUAUAGAGAGCCACACCCCUGCUUAGCCUUUUCACUUUCAAGGUGGCAUUCUGGGGAUCUGAAGUCUAUAGUUUCCUGCAUGCAUAAGAAGCACUUUAUCUAGUGAGCCAUCUCCCUGGCCCAAUGUUCCAAUUUUGAUUUGUAAUUUUAGUUGAGCCCCAUUCACCCCCACUCCUCUCCUAGCCAAUCUAGCUAAACAUUUAUUAGUUUUGAGAUCUGAAAGACCAAGUCUUGGUUCUGUUAUUUUUCUGUUUUAUUUUUCCCUGCUCUGAUCUAUCUACUUGGUCUUUUCCUUCUUCCUUGAAGAAUAAAGUUAGGUUGUUGAGAACCCUGCUACAUAGCUGCCAGUUUCAGUGCUGCUUUUGUUGUGCCCCAACACUUCUGGUAUUUUGUGUUUUUCAUUUGUUUCAGGGAGUGUGCUAAUUUACUGUGUGAUUUCUUCCUUUAACCAUUAGUGGUUUUUAAAAUGUCCUAUUUAUUUUACACAUAUUUGUGGGUUUGUAGUUUCCCUUAAUGUGUUAAGAUUCUUUGUGACUCUGAUGUAUCUCAGAAAGUGUUCCAUGUGCACUUGAGAAAAAUGUGUAUUCGGCUUAUUGGGUAAUGUGUUCUGAGGUCCAAAUAGUCUAUGGUAGUGUUCAGGUCUUCUUUUUCCUUGUUGAUCUACCUUACUAUUCUAUCUGUAACCUUGAACAGUCUAUUUUUUUCCCAUAGUUAUUUGUCAAUAUUUUCUUCAUAUACUUAGCAGUUUUAAUUGGCAUAUCUUUGUUUAUAAUUGCUGUGUUUAAUUGGUAAAUUAACCUUUAUUUCAUUAUGUAAUAUCCUUUGUCUCUCACCUGUGUGCUGCUGCCCUCUUUGGGUUACUGUAGUUGCAUGGGACAUGUUUUUCAUUGUAUCGGUGUAGUGUGUUUGAUUCUAAAGUGAGUCUCUUGUAUAUAAUAAGUGGUUGAGCCUUAGGUUUUAAGUUUGUUCUUCCAAGCUGUAUCUUCUAUUAGGUUAUUAAAUUCAUUGACAAAGUGAGGACUUUAACUAUUAAAGGAAAGGGCUCACUCUUACCAUUUUGUUGUUUUCUCUCUUACAGUUUUUUUGUCCUUCAUCUCUUUUACUGUUUCUUUGCAUAUAUAGUUGAUUUUUAUAGUGGCUUAUUUGAUCUAUUUUCAUUUCUUUUUGUGUAUAUUGUAUGUGUUUUUUAUGAGGCUUACAUGAAACAUCCAAAAGUAACAACAAUCUAUUUUAAACUAACUUCAAUCACAUAAAAAGGUUUUUUAUAGCUCUGUCCUCCCUUUUUUAACAUUAUCAAUGUCACAAAUAACAUGUGUGUCUAGUAACAAGUUUAUAACUUUUUAUGCUUUUCUAUUUUAAAUACUGUCAAAGAAUAAAAAAGGUGUGAACCAUAAUUACAAAA